ACCAGCCAUAGUUUAGUACAGAAGCAAAAUAUAACUACCUCUUCUCCACUUUGCCACAGACAAGUUGAUGGUAGUCGUUUUUAGUUGCAUUUUUGGAAGAGCAGACCAGCGUUGCCCGGCUUUCAGACCCAGUGCGAGGGAGCGUUCGAAAGGCAGUGGCGUGACAUUAUUUAUUGAAAAUGGGAAACGACAAUGAUCCGUGCACACCACUGACCAUUCGUACAUAACUGAGUUUUAUGUUGCCAACAUUACCGGGAAAGUGUGACGGGCCCUGACAGCUAGAUGUUUCCUUCACCUUAUCACCGAACAUCAGUAAUUAAACACACAGAAGAGUUUCCGUUACACAAAUAAUAGGAUAUUAAUACCGCCAUAAACUGCAAACGAAAUCAUUAGAUCAUCCUCACGUUCGGCGUGUGGAUAUAUCUAUAAAUAAACAACCACCUAAUUCGAUUUCCCGCAGAAAGAUCAAUUGAUCAUACGCUUUGCGUACCCAGAAAAAAAUCGAGAUUCCCGAAAUUCAUCUCACCAGAUCCUAGACACCUCACUGUUUCAAAAUAAUCAAGGAAAAUUGGAGAUAAUAAAAUACCUGGAGAUAUCUGGCAGCCGAGGAGGUGCUAAUAAAGAUAAAAAUAAGGCAAGAUGUUCGCCAUUAUGCAGAUUGAUAACGACGUGAGUGGAGGACAAUUCCGUAGAAAAAUGCGAUCAAAGUGCGAAUUUAUCUGUAAAUACUGCCAGAGGCGGUUCACCAAACCAUACAAUCUGAUGAUCCACGAGAGGACCCACAAGAGUCCAGAGUUAACUUUCAGUUGUGAAGUGUGCGGGAAGAGUUUCAAGCGACAGGAUAACCUCAAGCAGCACAGAUGUAAUCAGUGCAUUUGGCGGUAAAGGCCCCCUAUGGUGAAAAAGGGCUAACCCAGUCCUGUCUUCCUUUUAUGCAAUGACAAUUCACUACCCCACCAGCUCUGCAUGCAAUUGUUUUAGUAGCCGAUAUUAACCAGUACUUAUUAAGAAUAAGCUUUUUAAUUAAUUUACAGUCACAGUAUUCAUAUUAUUUAUUACGUUAUUGCAUUUUUUGUAAAUAUUUUAAAUAUUAAGUAUAACAAAAUUUUAUUUAUAAAUCGCCUAAUUUCUGAAAUUUUUAAUUUUAAGCCAAGACUACUAUUGUUGUCUAGUCUAAAAAUGUACUUUAUUUUAGGAACCAAACUAAUUUCAAAUUUUUCCUUUUUUCGUUUCGGUUUUUUAGGUGUUUAAUUAUUUACUUUACAAUCCCAAGGUGGUAAUACAGCCAGUGUUAGUUAUUUAGUUUGUGAUUUAAUUUUAGGUAUCGUUUAAAAAUAAGUUAUCUAGUGCAAUCAUUCAAUUCAUUAUUAUUUAUAAAAGAUAUAACUUUGUACAGUUAUAGAAAAAUGUGCUGCUUUAUAUUAUUAGUACUUAUUUAAUAAUAAAUUAAAUUUGACCAUAUAUUGUAAAUUAUUGGAGAGUUGUGUAUUUUUUGUGGCAAUGCAAAGAAUACAACAACGGCUUUUGUAGUUUGUAGAAAAAAAGAUGCAAUAUUUUUAAUACGGAACUAUUACUUAGGCAUUGUAUUUAUUAAUUCCAAGCAAA